UUUACUGUAAAUUGCGAGCGCGAGUGUGAUUAAUCUCUCUGGGUAGCAAAUUUCACGGAAUAUUUCACUGUCAGCGGCACUCACCAGGAGCACCUGCCCGUCCCCUCGCGCGCGCUCGGUCGCCUGGAGACGGCGCUAAACAACAGAAGGACAGCCAGAGUAAAUGGCCGAGCUGCACAUAAUCGGGCAGAUUUUGGACGCCAGGGAUUUCGAGGAGGAGAAUCUCCUCUGCAAGUGGAGCUUCCAGACAGGAUCGACGUGGAAGGUGAUCGAGGGCGUGGCGGAGGGACAAACGGCCACGGACGCGAAUCGUGUGGAAAAGUGCUCAAUCUUCUCGCAUCCUCUGGACCUCCACUUGUCCACGCGCGCCCUGCAGGGCUGGCCGAAGUUGCACGUGGAGAUUUGGACGUCGAACGCCCUGAAGCAGUGCUGGCCAGUGGGCUUCGGCGUUGUGCACGUGCCCUCGCGUCCAGGCGUGCAUCGCCUCACUGUGCCCACGUGGAGGAUCGCUCCAGGCAACGUGUGGGACGCCGUGAGGGAGAAAUUCCACGGUGGCGGCGUAGCUGUGGCCAGGAAGGAGCUCAUCCACUCGGCAGCAGAUCGCUACAAGCUCUCCACGACCUCCUCAGCAGGCAGCGUGACUGUUGAGUUGAUGCUCAUCUUCAAGAACUUCAAGAAGUUUGGAGUGGAGUUCUAAAAUGCAGACACUCUUUAUUGCCCUCCUGGUUGUCGCGGUGGC